AUGCUGGGUCGUUCUGCUGGGUGCAAGAUCUCCUCACAGUUCCCCUCAAACCUCUCCGGCAUCGCGGAGGGGGAGGAGGAGGAAGUCCAACUGACUGAGGGGGAGGUCACAGGCUCAGAGGACAUGGAGCAGGUAAAUCAGGAUCAUGUGAAGAUCGGAGAGGGCAAAUAUGUGACCAAGAAGUCCCUGCUGUCUCAUCUCAAAACUUACAACAUGUACUAUGAGGGGCAGUCACUUCAGCUUCGCCACAGAGAGGAGGAAGGAGAGGGGCUGAUUGUGGAAGGGUUGCUCAACGUCUGCUGGGGACUGCGACGGCCAAUCAGAUUACAGAUGCAGGACGACGUUGAGCGAAUCAGGUCGCCACCAUCACCUGUAGAACUGCCAUCAGAAGACAAGACAGACUUCACCAAGAAGGCUAGUCUGAAACUGCCCGCUAUCAAGGUCACUAGCCCACUGGACCAGUCAGAAGGCUCUGCUGAUGGGUACGGGUCGGUGACUAACGUGCGUGUAAACAGCUCCAUGACGACGGCCCAGGUGCUCAGAGUUCUGCUGAAGAAGUUUAAGAUCGAGAACAGUCCGGACGAGUUCAGUCUGUUCCUUAUUCACACCAGCGGAGACCACCCGUUGGCCGUGCGGAUCAUGGAGGGCCCCUGUGAGCAGGUCAGCAAGAUAUUCCUGAUGGACACAGACCAGGUGGAGGAGGUCACCCAUGAUGUGGCCCAGUACAUCAAGUUUGAGAUGCCCGUGUUACAAAGCUUCAUCACUAAGCUAAAAGAAGAAGAGGACAGAGAAGUUCAGAAACUGAAAAACAGGUACCAGUAUAUGCGCUGUAUGAUCGAGAAGCACAUGCAGACUCGACACCAAACCACCACCUGUGUGUGA